AUGUUUUCUGGCGAUUCUGAUGCGGUUACACCAGCAGGAUCAUCAUCAUCAUCAUCAUCCACAUCAUUAUCUGGAGAUCAUUGGGACAAUCCCUGCGAAUGCAAGGAUGAACGUUGCUGCCUCUGCCGCCUCUUUGACAAUGGCAGCGACGACGACCUAGCAAAUGUGCCCUUCCCCGGUGCCAUGCCGACAGGACUUCCACAGGAAUUCCACUGCAUUCGCUGUGCCACGAUCCCCGUGGGACGGAUCUUCCAGUGCCAGAAUGGGCAUCUCAUCUGCGAGGGCUGCUACCAGGUGCAGGUGCUGGACAAGAUGCUGUGCGAGGCGCUUGGCACCUGUCCCCAGUGCAGUGCCCGGAUGUACCGUCACCAGCCCAACCGGAACAUCGCCGCGGAGCGCAUCCUAUCCGAGAUGCAAGUGACCUGCGAGCACUGCGGCACCAAGAUGCUGCGUUCUGCCCUUCGAUCGCACUUCCGUGACGAGUGCACAAAGCGCUUGCUGUACUGCAAGUACAGGCUUAUUGGUUGCCCCUGGUACGGUCCAGCCUCCGAGAACACUGACCACGAUGAAUCAUGUGAGUGGCCAAACAAGACGGGCGCCGAGUUGCUUGAGUUCCUCAGCCCCCUACAAACCGAACGGGAGGCGAGGACACGUCUCCUCGAGCAGAUCCGGGAUAUGCUGCAGCUGCCCAACCUGUCCGUGCGCCUCCUGCAUGUCCUGCCCCAGGGACCCAUUCGCCAGUUUCCACACAACGAAUUCGUCGAAGUGUGCAAGUUCCGAGCACACUUCCAGCGAUGGUCGCUGCUCCUCAACUGGCAGACUCCUGCCGACAACGAUGCCAAUCCGCAGCCCAUGGGCUCGCUCCACCUCCGCCUGAAACUCGAUCUGCAGGAGAAUUGGAAUUCCAAGCUGGUGACUUCCUUCACUCUGGUUCACGGCACCCACUCCGAGGUGCUCUUUUUGCCGAACCUUUGCGAACGCUUCGAGUUCUCCCCCAACCAGUUGCUGGGACCGCCAGCUCUCGUCUAUCGCCACACGAUGCCACACUGCAAGAAGCUGCUGAUCGAGCGGGGAAUCUACGUCCGGCUGCUGAUAGCCAGCAUAGGGACGUAA